UUAUUUUCAUACUAUACCAUGCUCUAACUCAAUUUAAAUUACGGUGAUUACUUGAUGAGGUUGAGAAAAUAGUUACUUCAACACCGUGUAAUAAAAAAAAUCAAUGGGAGCCAAGUUAAUAAUACUACUUAUAGAAGAAUACCCACUAUACGGCACAUAGGAUAGUGAUAAAAGAAUCGGUAAGGCUAGCUGUAACAGCUCAACUUGCUAUGAGAAGAUUGCCCUUUUCAUAAGUUGUCAGGUCUUUGGAUGUUUCACAAAUUAAAUUGGUGGAACUUCAGCAGGGGUACAUCUUAUUAGGUGAAAAUUAUUGUCGCUAGACAUGGCAGUCCAGGAGUCUUUCGAACUGGAAAAUGGUUCUGUUGAAGACGAUAACCUGCAGUAUGAGAAUGAAAUAAGAACUGGAACUGUGUGGACCGGUAUUGCUCAUAUCAUCACCGCCGUGAUUGGAGCUGGUGUCCUCUCUCUUGGGUGGAGCACUGCACAACUGGGUUGGAUUGCCGGACCAGUUGUUUUGCCGUGUUUUGCAGUUGUCACAUACAUAUCGGCCUCUCUCGUAUCGGACUGUUACAGGUCACCUGACCCUGUAACUGGAACGCGAAACCCGUCUUACAUGGGUGCUGUUAGAGUUAUUCUUGGUAGUAACUAG